AAAAAACUGCGAUCGCUGGAGGAGCUGGGACGAAAACGCCGGUCGUGCGCGGUGUUUCGCAACUGGCGAUAUGCACAUUGCACAGCCAGGCACAGCUGUCGGAGCGGAACUUCUGGUCUCGCCCACGGUCGUUCGGCUUUUCGGGCAUCGAGGAACAAGCAGAUGCAUUUUGAUCUUGCCGGGAGACCCGACCGGAGUCCGCUGUGGCGCGCGCAAGAUCCGCUGCCGAGCUAGCUCAGGCCUAUGCCCGAAGGAACGGCCUAUUGCCCCGCAUCCGAUCCGAACCAACUCGACGGGGGUAUCCGCCAGCGGAUGACUAUGGGCGGCGCGGGC